AUGGGGUUUUCAGACUUUAGAAAAGCUCUUAAGAAGAUCGAUAGCUCUUUGAAAGAGCACAAACAACAAAAACAGGGACAACAACUGGAUAACGGUGGUCAACAGGUGCAACAACUGGAUAACGGUGGUCAGCAAGUGCAACAAGCAGACCCACAGUUUUCAUCUAACCCAACCAACCCGUCUAAGGGGGACUUGUUUUCGAGGCCAAUUGCUACUUCAGAGCCUCCAGCGAUAUUCAAAAGGGUAAAACAUAAUCAAUUACCUAAAGGAUGUAAUUAUGGUGAAAAUGAUGCUCCGAUUCAAACUAACAACUUUUCAAAUAAUUUAGCUUUGGAGGAUCAAACAUUCCCGGUCUGGCCAUUACCUUAUUCUCUUUGGUUGUCAAAGGAUCCUGGUCAAGAUGUUGGAUUGGCCGUUAACCAUACUGAAGCUAACCAACAGGUUUUCGGGCCCGAACCCGAUGCUGAUCCAGCACAGUUUUAUUUCAAUCCUCCUAAAAUCAAAUCAUUUGUGUUUUCAGGUGAAAACUUUCAAGAGUCAAAUGUGAAUCUUAAUUUAGAAAACCAUCAAAAAUUGUCAAUCGUUGCAAAACUCUCAGUCACCGGAAAUCAAAACGUUACUUUCCCCAUAGUCCAUGGAAUGGGGUUUGUUACUGCUGUUUAUAAGAAAAUAAAGCCAGUCAUUGCAUCUCAAGUUGGUGUUCAACAAUUUAAAAAAAUUGGCUCCGUUGGUAAAAAUGUUACAAAAUACAGAGCAGUUUUAUUUAACCAAGUUCCGUGGUCGAUUUACGUUAGUGGAGACGAUGUUUCACUUGACUUGAGAGAUCCUAAUCAUAUUGUUGGUAAUUCUCAGCCAGGAGGCUCGGUUGUCAUUCAAUUGGCUCGUGAAGAAUCUAAACACUAUGAUAAUUCGGCUGGUAUUUAUCCUAUAGCAGCCCAUUUACAAGGAAGCGUCAAUGGUAAAAAGGGUCAAUAUAAAUUUGUUUAUGAAAACAAAGGUGAAAGUUCUAAUGGAACUGGUCUUGUUUGGUGUUUACCUCAUCAUCAAGAAGUAUUGACUAAUGAGGUUAAAAAGCAAGAUACUGGACUCGAGCUCGAUUCUACGACAAAAGGUGUAAUGAAAGCUUAUACAACAAAUCAAAUCGUAAUGGAGGAACCAGAGUUGCCCCUUGACAUUGGAUUCGAACCAUGGUCUUCUGUUUCGGGCUUCAAAGGUGAAGCAACCUACUCGGACGGAGCAAAAACAGUCAUUAGAAGGGCCGCCGAGCAAGAAAUCAACCAAGACGUAAUUGGUAUGGCAAACAUUGAUUCUAUGUAUACUUCAGGUAAAAUUUUAGAUAAAUUUGCUUAUAUCGCAUACGUUACUCAUUUCAUAUUGAAUGAUGAUGAUUUGACUGGUAAAAUCUUACCAAAAAUUAAAGAAGCAAUCGAAAUCUUUGCUCAAAAUAAACAAAAGUAUCCUUUGGUUUAUGAUACUGCGUGGAAAGGUCUUAUUUCCUCUGCUGAGCCAGCAGCAGAUUUUGGGAAUUCCAACUAUAAUGAUCAUCAUUUCCAUUACGGAUACCAUAUUCAUGCAAUUGCCCUUGUGGCCAAAAUUGAUCAAUCUUUUGAUAAGGGUGAAUGGCUUAAAGAAAAUAACAAUUUAGUUGGUGACUAUGUCAUUACUUUAUUGAGGGAUAUUGCAAACCCAUCAACUGAUGAUAAAUACUUCCCACAAUCAAGAGCAUUUGAUUGGUUUCAUGGUCAUUCAUUUGCCCACGGUAUUUUCGCAAGUGGUGAUGGUAAAGAUGAAGAAUCUUCUUCUGAAGAUUACCACUUUGCUUAUGGUACUAAGCUUCUCGGUCAAGUAAUUGGAGAUGGUGAUAUUGAGGCUAGAGCCAACUUGAUGCUUGCAAUCAUGAGAAGAUCAAUGAAUAUGCAUAUGUUAUUCUCUGAUGAUAAUAAAAUUCAACCAAAAAGAUUCAUAAAAAACAAAGUAGCUGGUAUCACAUUUGAAAAUAAAGUUGAUUUUGCUACUUAUUUUGGAAGAGGUACUAUAUCUGAUGAAUGGAUUCAUGGUAUCCACAUGUUACCAAUCACCCCCAUCUCUUCAUAUAUCAGAAAACCAAGCUUUGUCAAAGAAGAAUGGGAUCAAAAAUUGGGCAGAAUUGUUGAUCAAAUUCCAGACGGUUGGAAAGGUAUUUUAAUACUUAACGCUGCUCUUUUUGAUCCAAAAUACUCUUGGAAAUGGUUCUCCAGGGACGAUUGGGAUGACAGAUUGAUUGAUAAUGGUAUGUCGAGGACUUGGUCUUUAGCUUAUAUUGCUGGUAUUGGUGGCUCUGAUUAG